GCCUUAAGUUUUGUAUACAUCAUCAUUUCCCCACCUUCAUCAUCUUCUUCAUGUAAAACCCUUAUCUCUCCUCCAUGGCACCAACAACACCAACAGAAUCCCAGAAACACAACCACCACAACUUCAUCACCACCUUCAUCCAAUCAACAGCUUCCAACUUCUCCUCUCUCGUUUCCCACAAACCCAAAACGACGCACUCCAUACCCAUCAUAUCCACACCCUCUAACGUCUUUCUCCCACUUCCACUCCCUCUCCCCUUCUCCGACUCCACUCACCAUGACUCGCCACCCUCCUCCUCCCCGAGUUCGACCCAUCGGACUGAACCCGGGUCGAGUUUCCCGUCGAUGGUUAGAAUCGGUGGGUUGAAGUCCGCAGGAAGUGGUGGGCCCGCUUUUGUUGGGCAGGUAUUCAGUAUGUGUGACAUCACUGGAACUGGGCUUAUGGCUGUUUCUACUCAAUUUGAUAUCCCCUUCAUUUCUAAGAGAACACCAGAGUGGAUUAAGAAGAUGUUUUCGGCAAUUAUGAAGAAUGAUUCAGGUCCUGUCUUCCGUUUUUUCAUGGAUCUUGGUGAUGCAGUUUCCUACGUCAGAAGGCUGAAUAUUCCUAGUGGCGUUGUGGGUGCUUGUCGACUUGAUUUAGCAUAUGAGCAUUUUAAGGAAAAACCUUAUAAUUUCCAGUUCGUUCCAAAUUCAAAGCAGGUGAAAGCAGCUAGCAAGCUUCUAAAGGAAGACAAGAAAACUGGUGGGGGAAGGAUUGAUGGUGUUCCUGUUUUCUCAGCUCAGAAUUUAGAUAUUGCAAUAGCAACUCCUGAAGGAAUUAAGUGGUACACUCCUUAUUUUUUUGAUAAAAACAUUCUGGAUAACAUUUUAGAGGAAUCGGUUGAUCAGCAUUUCAAUUCUUUGAUUCAAAGCCGUCAUGUGCAACGGCGAGGUGAUGUUGUUGAUGAUAACUUUGCAGCAGAAAUCAUUGAGGAGAGUGCCGACAGCAUAUGGGAGCCCGGAGAGGUUCAGGACUUGAUGGAUGAGAUGGGCCAGUCUGGAAUACCUUUAAGCGUCAUAUCAAAGGCUGCCGAAAUGCAACUUUCAUAUGCUGUUGACAGAAUGCUGCUGGGAAAUAGGUGGUUGAGGAAAGCCACUGGGAUUCAGCCACAAUUUCCAUAUAUGGUUGACUCCUUUGAGAGGAGGACUGCUGUUUCACGGUCAAAAGCAUUUAAGAUAGCCCCUUGUUCUACAAACUCAGAUAGGGAAAGCCUAAAUGAACUGCCAGAGCAUUCAGCUUCUGCAAAUCUAGGACCAGAAAGUAAAGAUGAAGCUACUGUUGUAGAGCAAGCCGAUUUCCGUUCUUCAAAGAGAGACUGGCCAAGACUACCUUGGUUGAAACCUGAAUGUGAACCCAAAAAAGAGGCUGAUUCAAGCUUUGUAGAUUCAUCUGGCGGUUAUAUGAAGGAAGAACUUCAAAAUAGUCCACUUCUCCCAAGGAUUACUAUGGUUGGUGUUGCGACAACUGAGCCAGGACAAAUGAGCAAAGCCUCUAUAAAGAAAACUAUGGAAGAUUUCAGCAAGGAGUUGGAACAAGAAGGCCGUGAAAAAUCAGCCUCCAAGACCUCGGGAAAGUGUUUCAAUGAAGAUAGAGAUCCCCUUUUUGUAGCAAACGUAGGGGAUUAUUACUCGAACAUGGGUAAGUCAAGCUCACCUCGGUGGCUACGUGGUGUUCACAGUUGAAACCCUACUCUUUAAAGGUAUAUGGUUUUUUUUAGCUGUAAAUCAUGUAUUUGGGAUGAUAUGAAUCGUUACAUGCAAGCCAUAAAUGGAGUUUUUGUUUGACGGGCCAUUACAAUGAAGGUCGAGAAUGAAGGUCUGCAAAACCGGACUUUAAAGGCAGUUGUAAAGAAACUUAUCAGAGAAAUUGUUCAGAAACUGCUAUUAUUGGAGAAGUUGUUAAAGAGAUAGCUAUAGUGUUAGGGAUUAUUGUACUAUGUGUAAUAGGAUACUUAUUGCUGUACAAGGAAGUUUAGGAUGUACGAGUAAAUGUACGAGUAAUUACUCGGUUGUAUAAUAAGGUAUGAUCUUUUUGUUCAUUCUUGGUUUUUAAGCUGAAAUACAAGUGACUGUACGGCAUAUACCCAUCUUUCUCCCUUAUUUUGGGGUUGAGGGAUGUGAAUUUUAAGAAAGUUUCUGAAUUCUUAUUGUCA